ACCAUCAGCUACACAGGCUGUGCCAUCCAGCUCUUCCUGUUCCUGGGUCUGGGCGGUGUGGAAUGCCUACUCCUGGCAGUCAUGGCAUACGACCGUUUUGUUGCCAUCUGCAAGCCCCUGCACUACAUGGUGGUUAUGAAUCCACGGCUUUGCCUGGGCUUGGUGUUGGUGGCCUGGGGCUGUGGCGUGGCCAACUCGUUGGUCAUGUCCCCAGUCACCCUGCGCUUACCCCGCUGUGGGCACCGCAGCGUGGACCACUUCCUGUGUGAGAUGCCCGCCCUCAUCCGCAUGGCCUGUGUGAACACAGCUGCCAUAGAGGGCACCGUCUUUGUCCUGGCGGUGGGCAUCGUGCUGUCACCCCUUGUGUGUAUCCUGGUCUCCUAUGGCUGCAUCGUGAGGGCUGUGUUACAGAUUCAGUCAGCAUCAGGGCGGCACAAGGCCUUCAACACCUGUGGCUCCCAUCUCACAGUGGUCUCGCUUUUCUAUGGAAACAUCAUUUACAUGUACAUGCAACCCAGAAACAGCUCUUCCCAGGACCAAGGGAAGUUCCUCACCCUCUUCUACAACAUUGUCACCCCGCUUCUGAACCCCCUGAUCUACACCCUCAGAAACAAAGAGGUGAAGGGGGCCCUGAGGAGGCUGCUGCUGCGUGACAGAGAGGGAGGCAAGGAGCAAAAGUGAACGGGCGGGUGAUACAGGCGUCCCUAGCCUGGUCACGAACUCCACCAGGGGCCACGGAUGGCGCUGGGGAUCGUUGGCUCAGAUCUGUGCUUCUUAACUUACAUGCUUUUUUCCCCUGGACUUCUGUGUGACUGUUUUAAUUCCAACAUUAUAUAUUUUCA